UAUUAAACAAUAAUUGCCCUAGAAAUCGAUCAUGCACGGCGCCGAGAUGUCGCCACCUCCGCGCGGCGUCGGUUCCCCUUUGCUCGUCACUUGCAGUAGAAAACGCCGCCUUCGAUCCGAAGGAAUCCUCUCCUCCGACGAUCCUCGUCCUCUCCAAGUCUUUGCGCCUGGCGCCGAGGAGAAUCGUCCCAUCGUCGACUACGGCCGGAAUCCCCUCAGCCGCGAAUCGGACGGCCUUGGCAUCCGCCAAGACGAGGCCGAUGCUCAAUACAAGCUGUUGCUGGAGCACCUUAACGUCGAUGACAAGUCCUACGUUUUCGAGGUGGUCAUCGGAGGCUCGCGGUGGCGAAUCAAAUACGAACAGGACGAGGACUCCUGUGUCACCGCGGUUCGGUCGCAGCCCCGGAAGCGUCGGUUGAGCACCUCUAGCCGAGCGUGUAACGCCAAGAAGAGGCGCAAGAACAAUGGCCUGGGUCAGGAGCCUUGCGAGGCCUCUGGCCCGCGUGCUCCUCUUUCCCAAAGCGGGUGGGACGUUGGAGGCUCGUUGAUCGAUGAGGAUUACCAGGUGUUCUUGAACCACGUCAAGGCGUGCGGCCGCUCGAUGAUUCUCCAGUACGGGAACAAUGUGACCAUCGUAUAUGAGAAAGAACGAAAUGGAGGGGAGGAAGUUCAAGAGCAAGAAGAAGAAGAAGAAGAAGAAGAAGAAAUUGGAAAUGAAGCUGUACACCCCAUGGAAAUGGAAAUGAAACUGUACGAUGAUCCUCUUCAAACCUCCAGUUCCACGGCUAGCUACUUUGACGAAUUACUGCAGCAUAGGUCAUCUUCAUUCAGGGACAGGCUUAUGGAUAUCCUCAGGAAGCCAUUUGAUCAGAAAGAAUUUGAAAAUAUGAUGUCUUUGAUUAAUAUUCGGAAUCCAAUAGUGAAAUACAAGGAAUUGCGUAAUGGAUCCAAACCUUACAUGACAAACCAGUUGGGAAGUUCAUAUCUCGAUUGUCAUCCUGAUCUUGCCAGACGCAUCUCAUCAGCAUUUGAUGAUCACCACAAAAGUUUGUUUCUCCAUGGCUUCUUCUUUUGGUUAAAGAACGUUGGUUAUGAAGGAGCAUUUAAGCCAUGGGUACCUGCAUUACCUGACCAUAUAGAUAUUGAAUGUGAUGAUACAACAAUUCUUUCAGUUCAAAAUGAUAUGUCAGAGGGAGAAGAAAAGAAAGGAAGUGAAGGGAAGGAAGUUCAAGAAGAGAAGGAAGGGGAGAAUAAUAUGAAUAUCGUACAUGAGGGAGAAGAAAAGGAAUGGGAGGAAGUCAAAGAAUUAAAGGUGGCUGAAAUCAAACUUUGUGGAAAAGAAAGUGAUGUAUGUCCUGGUGAGAUGGAGAUAAAAUCAUAUCAUGGUUCUCUUCAGUCUUCUACUUCAUUGGGACUGCAAGCAUCUGAAGAUGUGGGUUAUUCUGUUGAAACACUGCAGCAUACAUUAACAUCUUCAUUCCAGAGUAGGCUAACGAGUGUCCUUGAAAUGCCAUUUGACCAAGUUGAAUAUGAACGGUUGAUGUCUUUGAUAAGUCUAUAUAUGCCAGAAAUGAAGGACUUAGGUGAUGAAUCCAGACCUUACACAACAAACCAAUUGGGUUAUUCAUCUCCUGAUCACUACCCUGAUCUUGUGAGUCAGAUCAAGUCUGCUGAUCCCAACAGGAGUUUGCUUCUCUUGCGUGGUUUCUUCUUCUGGUUACAGAACCGUGGCUAUGAAGGCGCCUACAAACCAUGGGCAACGGGCGAUCCCAACAAAACGCUGCAAGACUGAGUUUGGGUUUCCCUUUUAAAUCUUAAAUGGCACAUUAGGUUUUUGCUCAAUUUGUAAAGCAUCUAACAUAGAUCUAGGGAGUUGUACAUAGAUAUUCUGAAUUAGAGAUUUCUGGUAACCCAUCGUUGGUGCAAACUAGUUGAAACGAUUUACAUUCAUCCUGAGACUUAAAGCAUCUAACAUAUGUAGGGAGUUGUACAUAGAUAUUCUGAAUUAGAGAUUUCUGGUAACCCAUCGUUGGUGCAGACUA